GUCAAUGCGGCAGGCUUCUGGAGAAUUUGCAGAAGACCCCUGCUCAUCUGUGAAGAGGGGCAAUAUGGUUCGAGCUGCCAGAGCCCUCCUGUCGGCAGUCACACAUCUGCUGGUGCUGGCAGACAUGUCUGAUGUCUACAAACUUCUACUGCAGCUUAAACUGGUGGAGGAAAAUCUUGUGAAAGUGCGCAAUGCAGGAACAGAGCAGGACCUUGGGAUCCAGUAUAAGGCCUUGAAACCAGAGGUGGACAAGUUGAACAUGAUGGCUGCCAAGAGACAGCAGGAGCUGAAGGACGUCCACCACAAGGACCAAAUGGCUGCUGCUCGCGGGGUGCUACAGAGGAACAUCCCCAUGCUGUACACAGCGUCUCGUGCCUGCCUCCAGCACCCUGACGUGGCAGCCUAUAAGGCUAACCGUGACCUGAUCUACAAGCAGCUGCAGCAUGCAGUCUCCGGCAUCUCCAACGCCGCUCAGGCCACUGCCACGGAGGACUCAGCUCUCAGUCAGCCAGCAGGGGGUGGAGAGCUUGCCUAUGCCCUCAACAAUUUUGAUAAACAAAUCAUUGUGGACCCGUUGGCGUUUAGUGAGGAGCGCUUCCGUCCUUCCCUGGAGGAGCGUCUUGAGAGCAUUAUCAGUGGUGCUGCCCUCAUGGCCGACUCUUCUUGCACACGUGAUGACCGCAGGGAGCGCAUUGUGGCAGAAUGCAAUUCUGUGCGCCAGGCUCUUCAGGACCUUCUGUCGGAGUAUAUGGGCAAUGCUGGAAGGAAGGACAGGAGUGAUGCUCUGAACACAGCCAUCGACAGGAUGACGAAGAAGACCAGAGACCUUCGCAGACAGCUGCGUAAAGCUGUGAUGGACCAUGUCUCUGACUCUUUCCUGGAGACCAAUGUUCCUCUCCUGGUCUUGAUUGAAGCUGCCAAGAAUGGCAACGAGAAAGAAGUCAAGGAAUAUGCACAGGUGUUCCGUGAGCACGCCAACAAGCUUAUCGAGGUGGCCAACCUGGCAUGUUCCAUCUCCAACAAUGAAGAGGGAGUGAAGCUGGUCCGCAUGGCGGCAUCUCAACUGGAAACUCUUUGCCCCCAGGUGAUUAAUGCAGCGUUAGCCCUUGCUGCCAAACCCAACAGUAAGGUGGCCCAGGACAAUAUGGAUUUGUUCAAGGAGCAGUGGGAGAAGCAGGUCCGCAUCCUCACCGAUGCCGUUGAUGACAUAACAUCCAUUGAUGACUUCCUUUGUGUGUCUGAGAACCACAUCCUGGAGGAUGUGAAUAAGUGUGUCAUCGCUCUGCAGGAGAAAGAUGUUGAUGGUUUGGAUCGCACUGCUGGGGCUAUUCGAGGCCGUGCUGCCAGAGUCGUCCAUGUGGUCACCUCUGAAAUGGACAAUUAUGAACCUGGAAUCUACACAGAGAAAGUCUUGGAGGCCACCAAGCUCCUCACUGACACAGUCAUGCCACGGUUCACAGAGCAAGUUGAGUCUGCAGUGGAGGCCUUGAGUGCCAACCCCUCACUACCUGUGGAUGAGAAUGAGUUCAUUGACGCAUCCCGUCUUGUAUAUGAUGGCAUUCGCGACAUUCGCAAGGCUGUCCUCAUGAUCAGAACUCCAGAGGAGUUGGACGACUCUGACUUUGAGACUGAAGACUUUGAUGUUCGCAGCAGGACCAGCGUGCAGACAGAGGAUGACCAGCUUAUUGCCGGCCAGAGUGCACGGGCUAUCAUGGCCCAGUUGCCCCAGGAGCAGAAGGCGAAGAUUGCUGAACAGGUGGCUAGCUUUCAGGAAGAGAAGAGCAAGCUGGAUGCUGAGGUAUCCAAGUGGGAUGACAGCGGCAAUGACAUCAUUGUGUUGGCUAAGCAGAUGUGCAUGAUCAUGAUGGAGAUGACAGACUUCACCAGGGGCAAAGGGCCACUGAAGAAUACGUCUGAUGUCAUCAGCGCUGCCAAGAAAAUUGCAGAGGCAGGAUCACGAAUGGACAAGCUGGGCCGCACCAUCGCUGACAACUGCCCUGACUCUACCUGUAAGCAGGACCUGCUCGCCUACCUGCAGCGUAUUGCCUUGUAUUGCCACCAGCUCAACAUCUGCAGCAAAGUCAAGGCCGAGGUGCAGAACCUGGGAGGAGAGCUGGUUGUCUCUGGGUUGGACAGCGCCAUGUCCCUUAUUCAGGCUGCAAAGAACCUGAUGAACACAGUGGUGUCCACCGUCAAGGCCUCCUACGUUGCGUCUACUAAGUACCAGAAGAGCAAAAACAUGGAGUCCCUUAACAUGCCAGCUAUCUCGUGGAGGAUGAAAGCGCCUGAGAAGAAGCCUCUGGUGAAGAGAGAGAAGCAGGAUGACGGCCAGACCAACCGGGUCAAGAGAUCCUCUCAGAAGAAGCACAUCAACCCUGUGCAGGCUCUGAGCGAGUUUAAAGCCAUGGAUAGCAUCUAG